AUGUUGACUUUCACCGCUGUGCUCCUGGCAGGAAUUGCCUCUUUCGCUACCGCCCAGAAUGGAACUGUGGUCACUGGAGCUUUGGGAGAUGCCCAGGUCGUUGUAGGCAACCCUGCCGGAGUGACCUACGUCGCAACUCUCCCGGCCAAGUCCUUCUUCAACCCCAACGAUCCUCGCGGUAAUGUCAAGGGCUCCGUCUCUGCUACUUCGAACCCCGAUGGCGGUGCCACCUUCCAGGUGUCUUUCUCCAACUUGCCCACUUCGGGAGGCCCAUUCACCUACCAUAUCCAUGAUGCUCCGGUCCCGGCUGAUGGAAACUGCACCGGUACCAAGGCUCAUCAGGAUCCCUACGUUCGCGGCGAGACUCCUGUCUGCGACGCCAAAUCUCCCGAGACUUGCCAGGUAGGCGACCUCUCCGGCAAGCAUGGCAAGAUCGAAUCCGAUCCCACCACCCAAACCUACACCGACAAGUACGUAUCUUUGACCCCAGGCUCCAAUGCGUUCUUCGGCAACCGCUCCAUCACCUUCCAUUUCGCCAACAAGACCCGCAUUUCCUGCGCCAACUUCGCUCUUGCGUCGGGCAAUGCAACCCAGACUGGCUCCAACCCUGCCGCGACCUCUGCGAUUCAAGUCAUCGGAGCAGGUGUUAAGCAAGGUGUCCCUGCGCUCUCCCUGAUGGGUGCUCUCGCUUUGGCCUUCGCCUUGUAA